AUGGCGCGGUUGAAUGACUACCCGGCGCCUGCUGAGUCCAUUGAUGCCUUGAAACGACGAUUUGUGCGACAAAACCGUGAGAUCGCGAGAGUGAAUUCCUUGCAAUCUCUUCGUAUUCGGAGCCUAGAGUCAGAAGUCUCGCAUCUACUUUCAGAGAAUGUGUCGCUUCGAAAACAGGUCAUCAAUCUCACCCAAGAAACCGAAAGACUGGAAGCAGGGAAACUGCUACACAAUGGAAUCUACGACAUCAAAUCCAAGCUGGAUGCGAAACUAGCCGAGUUGAGCAAUUUGGCGGCAGAUUUGGGCUCGUUACCCCGCAAGGUGGGCAAGCUUUGCGACCAGGAGUUUGAUCGGCCAAAGCAAGCAGAGUCAAGACCGAGGACGGAAGACAUGAUGGGAGGCGAAGAUGGAAGACUUCCUGCCAUUGUUGAAGACAAAUAUUAUCCUCGGCGGACUUUGGAGCCCCAAGAGCUUGACAGCCUGAUUCACAGCGACCACAGCAUUCUAGAUUCCCCUCCACAGUUUAGCUUUAUGCCGGAAGGAGAUGCAUCCAUCGAACAUUCAAGUCCAUCGCCACUAGAAUCAACAUUCAGGAGCCAAAGUAACAAUGAUAUACCCGAAGAACCCGAGCCAUUACUUCCUCCCACUCUCGAGACGCGCAAGAAGAAAAAGAAGUCGAGUUCGAUUAUUGCGCCUGAAAUUAGCCCCGCCCCAACAGACCGGCAACCAAGUCCACCCAUUGAUACAACACAACACGCGGCAUCGGUUUCGACGAAGCGCAAAUACAUACCCGAAGACGAUGACCGGUUCACGUCCAAUCUUAAUGUCGACGAUGAUGAAUUCCAAUUCACCCGGCCCAGCCACAGCCCCAAAAAGCAAAAGAACCCAUUCGAGGUCACACAGCAAGACCAGUCACCCACCAAAAGCCAUAUUGAAUUGACAAGAGUGUCAAAAACCCCCGUUCUAUCUAUGCGGAAGGUCCUCGAACCAAAGAGUGCAAACUCCAAUCUAGGCUCCCCAAAGAAGGCCCGCAUGUCUUCAUACCCGGACUCUAAGCUUCUACAAAAACCUACGAAGGGCGAUGAGAAUAGAAACUCGCCGCAGAAAGUCAAGGAUGUCGAGAAGCUCAGUGGCAAGACUGUCAAUCAAAAGCCACGUGUGGCCAGAAUCGCCCCUUCAAACAAAGAGAAGCGCAUGAGCCGCCCUGCCCCUCCUCAACUGGAAGAGCCAGCCCCACGUCAGUCAGCACUGUCACCACACCCGAAUGCAUUGAAUACGGAAGAUGAGUCUGCAACUCGUCCUUCCCGACGUCGUGGUGCUGUGGUUAGCUAUGCAGAGCCUAACCUACGAGACAAAAUGCGUCGCCCUACCAAGGAAAUGAUCGAUGCUGUUGCACUUGGAUCGCGAAGGUCCUCCAGUUUCCAGGCAGGUCGGGAAAGUUUGAACGGAGAGGACGGUCACACCCAGCCUCAUGGCAGUCUCCCUGCUGAUUUCACUCUUGCCGCGCAGAGCUCUGGUCUGUUCUCUGUGGAUGGAUCUUCAGAACAGCUGCUAGCAAUGGUCUCCCGGAGAAAGCGUAAAGUGUCGUCAACCCCAAAGGACGACAGCGAUGCGGGGAACCCAAGCUCUAACCUCAAAAAAGAGAUUGAGGACAGCCUUGCAGAUAUCUCUGCCCAAGUAUCUCAAGAACCAUUCAAUUCGAGGCGUCAGACUCGACGUCACUCGUCAAACCCCAAAAGUACAACCGCCAACAUAGCACAACACGAGGUGGACCAGGCUGAACCACAAUCUCCAAUCGGUGAUUCUCUAGAAGAUGAAGACUCAUUUGGACCGGGACCAAACGGUUCCACGAUGGACACUAGUCACGUCAGACGUGGCCAACGCGUUGCUGCAAGGAGAAAAAGCAUGAUGGUGUGA